AUGUUUACUGAGAGACUUGACAAGUACGAAAAAGAAAAUAUAAAUAACCUUAUAAAAAUAAAUAAAUUCGAAAAUGAUUUAGAACAAACAAAUAAAAAAGUCGUCACCUUAGAAAAUGAUUUACUUGAAAUAGAAAAAAUUAUUCAAACCAAUGUCGAUAUUGCUUCAGAAAAAUUUGAACUUGUGAAAUCAAAAACAAAAGAGAUAAGUUCAAAGCUAAAAGACAACAGCGAGAUAUUAAAAGUAAAAAGUAAGCUUAGAGAAAUAGAAGAUAGAUCCAAAAGAAACAAUCUGAGAGUCGAUGGUUUAAAGGAAAGCAAAAAUGAAAGUUGGAGUGAUAGUGAGGCUAAAGUGUUAAAAUUAUUUGAAGAAACUCUUGGGUUGAAAGAUAUAAAAAUAGAAAGGGCACAUAGAACUGGUUCUAGAGACAAUAAAAAAGUCAGAUCCAUAGUUUUGAAAUUGCUUAAUUAUAAAGACAAGGAAAACAUUCUAAAAAACUCUCGGAAAUUAAAAGGGGAAAUUAUUUAUAUCAAUGAGGAUUAUUGCGCGGAGACGAUGCUAAUUAGAAAAGAAUUACGGGCGUGCAUGAAAAAAGCACGAGAAGCUGGAAUGUUUGAGUAUAUUUCAUACAACAAAUUGGUGGUUCGCGAAGGGUCUCGAAAAGCAACGUAA